UAUAUACUGGUACUCGUAAAUAAACAAGAAACUUCGCUCCAGCAUUGGAAAACGCAAUUCAAGGACUGGAGUCUAGCAUUGAGUGAAAUUCUUUGUAAGACAAGCUGAGUAGUACCUACAGGACUUAAUUCUCUCCUACUUACUGAGAAGUAAGGAAAUAAUGGAGGGAUUUAACAAACACAUCCUCAAUGGAAAGGUGCCAGAGUUGCCACGAAUGAUAUCUCAUCGACAGCAGAAUGGCUACACCAGUUUGCCGAGAAUUAUGUUAAAUAGGCGCAUCAAUACAUUGCACAGAAAAGAGCCCUUCUACCGACUGGAUUUGUUGGGGCACUAUGGCUGUGUCAAUGCCAUUGAGUUCAGCAACAGGGGUGGAGAUUAUUUAGCAUCAGGUGGUGAUGACAGACGUAUUCUUCUGUGGAAUGUGGACGAAGCUCUCCAUUCUAAAUAUGAACCAAGAAUCAUGAAAGGCGAGCACCAUUCAAACAUAUUCUGCUUGGCUUUUGAUAAUGAAAAUGGGAAGAUUUACUCAGGAGGCAAUGAUGAUCAAGUCAUAGUCCAUGAUGCCAGACGAGGAGAUGCAUUAGAUGUGUUCUUACAUGAGGAUGCUGUGUAUGGAUUAGCAGUAGAUCCAAGGAAUGAUAAUAUCUAUGCCAGCGCCUGUGCAGAUGGAAGGGUUCUUCUCUGGGACAUUCGAGCACCAAGUCAUCAAGAACCAUUUGUGCUAGCCAACUAUGUGACAGCAUUCCAUGCAGUUGUGUAUCACCCUCAAGAGCCUAGGUUUCUAGCUACGGCCAAUGCCAAAGAAGGCAUUGCUCUGUGGGAUGUCAGAGCACCUAAAAGUUGCCUUUUAAGAUACGGAAGUGCCUACACCCAGAUGAACGCAAUGAGUGUGCGUUUCAAUCAAAGUGGUAGCCAGCUACUUGCGUUGCGUAGAAGGUUACCAGCAGUUCUUUAUGAUAUCCAUAGUUCCGUGCCAUCUGUAGAGUUCAACCAUGAUGGUUAUUAUAACUCUUGUACUAUGAAGAGCUGUUGCUUUGGAGGUGACAAGGAUCAGUUUGUCUUAUCUGGUUCAGAUGAUUUCAACCUUUAUAUUUGGAGGGUUCCAGAUCCAUGUGAAGGAAUUCAACAAGUGAAUCAAGCAUUUCAGGUUUUGAAAGGACAUCGUCAGAUCGUCAAUCAAGUCAGGUUUAGCUCACGAAGUUUCCUCAUUGCAUCAUCUGGAGUGGAAAAGGUCAUCAAGCUUUGGAGUGCAACUAAGUUGCCUGGGAUGUCUGACGGCAAUGAAUCUCCAAGAAAGAUGUUCACCCGUCAGCAAUACUUCAACCUGAUGAUUAGCUCAGGAUCAGCUCUCUCACAUGACUACUCGGACAAAUCUAAAGAUGAGGAUCCAAGGAUGCUGGCGUUCUUUGAUUCCUUUAUUCAGCGGGAGGUGGACCACAGUUUUAGUAGCGAUUCCUCGGACAAUAGUGCAUUGAGCCCAGACAGCUUGUAUCUCCACUUUGUACGUGAUCAUAGCGAUGAUGCAAACAGCUCUGACAGAGAUGGCUUCGUCAUGCCUUCAUUGUUGCCUCCGGAACUUGGGAUGAUCAGUGACAGUGACAGUACUCACAAUGCCCAUCCUAGAAACGGUCGGUCAAAUGCUGUCAAGGUGAAACCAAAGACUAAUGGUGAUGAGAGGAAUGUGAGUACUAGUAGUGAUACGGCUGGACUCAGUGUGGAAGGGGCAUCGGUACAAAAGAGUGAUAAUCAAGAAAAGAGUAGGAUAAGUACAUCAGAUGCUGUAGAGAAAGGUAGCACAAGUCAGGCUAGUCAUGAAUCCAGUGAGAGCAGAAGAAGAGGAAGACAAAGCAGGAGCUCUAGUGAUUCCUCUAGUAGUAGUGAUGAAUCAGAGGACUUCUUGGUGAUGAGAUACCGCAGUCGUCUUCUGCGACGCAUAAUGCGUCAGAAGGGUAAGAAAGGGAAGGACGGUUCUUCGUCAGGUCAAUCCAUGGGCAAUUCCCCAUCACAGGUGGAAAAAGAUAGACUAUCCAGCUUACAUCAGCGCUUGGCCUUCAGUCGUGUUAUGAAAGAACGGAUUACAUUAGUGAGCGAUAGUGAUUCUAGCAUGUCGGAUGAUAACGAACAGUUUCUUGCAAUUGUUGGUCAGCUUAGACAAAGGACAGACUCUGCCCGGCAGCGAGCUGCCUCACUGCGCCGCCAUAGGAUGAGAGCUCUAGAGGAGAUCUCUAGUUUAACAGGUGGUUUCAAUAGAUCAACAGCUUCCUCAUCUCUGCCUUCAUCCAGGAGUCCUCAGAGGGAUUCUUCUACAGCUUCAAGCACAGUAAUGAAUAGAUUAGCACCGUCCACCGCCUCCUCUCCUUCAAACUCACCCAAGAGAGUCACCAAGGGACGUGCUACCACCACAGGCUCCGUUGCAUCCCGUGUUUCAAAAACCAAUCCCAAACCAGCUUCCACUUCACAAAAAACCAAGAAUAAACCACCAAAGUCAAAAUCGAGUAAAAACUUAACAAACACAAACUUAGCAAGCACAUCCAAUGGAAGUAAUCACUCUAAUAAUGUAGAAGCAGCUGGAUGUAGCAAAGACAAUGAAGCAUCAAGUCAUGCCAAAGAUGGAAGUAAGAAUGGUUUCAAGAAGUUCAAAGUGAACAGUUCUGGUAAAAAGAGACAUUAUCGCAGCACAAACUGUUACUCAAGACAGAAGGACAGUGAUUCUGAUUAGAAAGUCAUCAAAGUAUUACUGUAAGGUUCUUCAUGAUAUUAGAUACUUCAUCCAUUCUUGUAUCUUUUGAUAAACUGCUGGUCUUUUUUUGUUUUUGUUGGAGGAAAUUAUUAACGUGCCUUCAUGGUCCUAUUCCUAUUACAAGCCAUUGCAAUUAUAUUGCACAUGCAGGCUUCUUGAAAGCUGAUUGAAAUUUAGCCUUUGCAGCAUCAAUGAGACAGGGUUUGAUUGUGAGGGGGGGGGGGGUCAAUUUUUGUACAGCUUCGAAGUGAAACCCAAUGCCUAUUGGGGGUAAAUAUUUUCGAGGUCGAUUUGAUACAUUCUAGCUGUACACAUUUUUUUUUUUUUUUUUUUUUAUGAUUGGUACUCUUUAAAGCUAAUCUCAAGCUCUGGUAUGGGAAUCAUAAUUAUGUCGAGGGAACAUGGCUAUAAUUCAUUCUGGAUUGUUUAUCCUGCAGUAGAUUGAUUGUUUGAACCAAUAAAAUAAAAACAACCUCAUGAAAGCUUGCUAGAAAUCAACUUCAAUAAAAACCACAACUCUCAUUUGCACAUAGCACAUGGUGUCGGGCCUACUUACCUUGAUUUCCUUAUCCUUCUAUGCUCAUUACUCAGCCCCUAUACAUUUUAUACCAAAAUCGUUUGGCACAUGUCAUUUAUUUGUAACCUGAACAUUCAGUAUAACUUUUGCUGGAUUCUGUAAGAAAAUUUGUUUAUAUCAUUAGCAGAACUCAAGCUUAUCUUUAAACAUGAAGUGCAGUCUAGCCCCUAGUGCAUACCUGCCAACCCUUCCAAAUAAUCCGGAAUAUUCUGAUUUUCUGGAUUUUUAGGACCUAAAAAUUUGGAAUAUUCCGAUUUAAAAAAAUAUAUAUAUUUUUGGGGCGCUAAAGCCAAACUAAGCUUUUUUAUCAUGUGCCGCAAUUUGAGAGUUCACAUACUGCGUGCGUUUAAUGGCUGCAUUAUCGAGUGCUAGCGAAUUUGUAUUCGCUUUUUUUGUACAGCUUUACUGCGUAUUGCCAAUUACACUGCUGCUGCAUGUGCGAACGCGUACUAAGGGUACAGAUUUCUAAUUUUCUAAGGCAUUCCGUGCUAGAAAUUCCUAAUUCUUAUUUUCAAAUGUUGGCAUUUAAGUUAGUGUUCUAACUGAUAUACGCUGGCUGGUCUUAUUGUUUUGUGUACAAACACCUACCAUUUUUUGUUGUUAUUUUUUUUCUCAAAUGUCCAGAACAUUAUAGAGUCAAAGGUCAUUGUGUAGGGAUAUCCAUACAAAUGUUGUCCAGUGUACUAAUUAGAUAAGGAAAUAUAAUU